GCCCCGCCCCGCCGCUCGCUCGGUUCCUCGCGCUGCAGCCCCCGCCGUAGCCGCCCGCGGAGCCCACUGCCAACGCUUCCGAGCAGAAGAUGGCUGUGCCUCCCACGUAUGCUGAUCUUGGCAAAUCUGCCAGGGAUGUCUUCACCAAGGGCUAUGGAUUUGGCUUAAUAAAACUUGAUCUGAAAACAAAAUCCGAGAAUGGAUUGGAAUUUACGAGCUCAGGUUCAGCCAACACCGAGACCACCAAAGUGACGGGCAGCCUGGAAACCAAGUACAGAUGGACUGAAUAUGGCCUGACGUUUACAGAGAAAUGGAACACUGACAACACACUAGGCACGGAGAUUACUGUGGAAGAUCAGCUUGCGCGUGGCCUGAAGCUGACCUUCGAUUCAUCCUUCUCACCAAACACUGGGAAAAAAAAUGCUAAAAUCAAGACAGGGUACAAGCGGGAACAUAUCAACCUGGGCUGCGAUGUGGAUUUUGACAUAGCCGGUCCUUCCAUCCGGGGCGCUCUGGUGCUGGGUUAUGAAGGCUGGCUGGCUGGCUACCAGAUGAAUUUUGAGACUGCAAAGUCUCGAGUGACUCAGAGCAACUUUGCAGUUGGCUACAAGACCGAUGAGUUCCAGCUUCACACUAACGUAAAUGAUGGAACAGAGUUUGGUGGCUCCAUUUAUCAGAAGGUGAACAAGAAGUUGGAGACUGCUGUUAAUCUGGCCUGGACCGCAGGAAAUAGCAACACUCGCUUCGGAAUAGCAGCCAAGUACCAGAUUGACCCUGACGCCUGCUUCUCGGCUAAAGUGAACAACUCCAGCCUGAUAGGAUUAGGAUAUACCCAGACCCUAAAGCCAGGUAUCAAACUGACACUGUCGGCUCUGCUGGAUGGCAAGAAUGUCAAUGCUGGUGGCCACAAGCUUGGUCUAGGACUGGAGUUUCAAGCAUAAAUGAAUACUGUACAAUCGUUUAAUUUUAAACUAUUUUGCAGCAUAGCUACCUUCAGAAUUUAGUGUACCUUUUAAUGUUGUAUGUCUGGGAUGCAAGUAUUGUUAAAUAUCAUGUUAGACUUCCAGGUUAAAGAUGAUUCAGCUUUAGGGUGUUACCCUUUCAGAGGUACAGAAGAAACCCAAUUUCAAAAAAGGUCCUUUCAGCUGUAGACUUGGUGGGGAGCUUGCUGGCCCCAUGAGAUGUCAGGUUUCUUUUUUACCUAGAAAUGGCUGCAAGUGGAAGCUGAUAAUUUGCAGGCACUUUGUAAAUUCCUAUUGAGUAAUCGAAUGAAAUUGUAACUUCCUGAGAAUUGAACCUUGGUUUCCUACCCUAAUUGAUUGAGGAGAGGCUCUUUGUUUGAUGGUGUGUACAAACUUAACUGAAAGGGACUUUUAUAGGCAGGGACUUUUUCCACCUCCAUCCAUCACCUCUUUCACACAAAAAGUAGUCUGCAGGGUGUGGUAGCUGUUUUCUUUUGUGCCAUUUUGGGGUGGAGAAGUUGUGAUGAAGCCAAUAAUUCAGGACUUAAUUCCCUCUCAUGUUGUGGUUUUUUUGCCCUUGCACCAGAGUAUGAAAUAGCUUCUAAGAGCCCCAGCUGCAAGCUGGGAAGAGUCUCUGUGACUGUAAUCACAUGGUGACAACACUCAGAAUCUAAAUUGGACUUCUGUUGUAUUCUCGCCACUAAAGUUUAUUUUUUAGCAGUUUAAUGGGUACAUUUUAGAGUUCCAUUUUGUGUGGAAUUAGAUUCUCCCCUUCAAAUGCUGUAAUUAACAUCACUUAAAAUAAAACUUGAAUAAAAUAUUGAAA